AUGACGAUCUUCGGCUGCCGCAUAGUCUGUCGGGGAUCAACGAGCUCGUAUGGUGUGACCAAGGCUAUGCGUGCCGGUCGGGAAGGAGGAGAUGCGAAUGUAUGA